AUGGCCAACGUAAUAAUUUAAGCUUUUAGAAAUCUAAAAAUGAGAUCGUAAAUCAUUUCACUUUAUCUUAUAAUUCUCUUCAUUGUUUUAAGCAUAGCUGGAGCAGCCAUUUAUAUUGAAAUCAAGAUAUUUUAUUAUAUAUCUGAAAGAUCUUUAGAAAAUACUUUAGAAAUAUAAGACAUGGUGUAAAUUUCACUUACAACUCAUCUAAUGAAACAUUAUAUCAAAGAAAAGCAUUAAUUAAGUAAUCUAAUAAAAUCACACUAUUUAGGCAUUUAAUUAGUUGACCAUAUCUCAUCUUUCUUAUACUAUUUUACCAAAAUCUAAAAAGACAUCAAAUUUACUCAUCAAAUUGACUAUUGUUCUACUUUAGAUGAAUUCUUAAAUAAUAUUUACAUUUAGCACACAUAAAAAAUGUGUUAUUUAAUUUAUGGAAAUUUAGAAUUAGAAAAUGCCUUACAGAACAAUUAAGAAAUAAACUAGCUUCAUAAUGGUCUGAGGUUGUUAGAACAUUUUGGCUUAGCAUUUAAUAAAUUUUAUCCUGACUUUUUAUAAUUUGUCGAUAUCAGUAAUAUUAGUUAUAAUAGUUUAUAUCCUUUUGGUUAUUAAAUUCCAAACUAUGACCUUCAUAAUCGGGCUUGGUAUUUUUUUAAUAAAUUUUAAGGUAUGUUGAUCACAUAAGAAAAUCCAAAUCUGAUCCAAAUCAAUCGUAUUUCUUUACAGAUGUUUAUAAGAUGAUUGUUGGAGAUUAUAAUUAUUAUUUCUCAAUUACUUAAUCUUUAUAUGAUUAGAAUAAAAAUGUUUUAGGAAUUUUAAAGGUAAUGUUAUCUAUAAAUGACUAAAAUCUUCGAAAUGUCAAAUCAAAUAUAAUUUUAAUCAAUUAAUUUGGAUAAGUAAUUUACUAUGAAAUGGAAACUUAAAAGAUUGAUAAUAGUUAAGUAUUUUAUAUUUAUAAUGAAUCAAUUACUGGUUUUAAUAUAUCCGAUUGGAAACAAAUGGAAAAUAAAGCUAUGUAACAUUAAAACUAAUCAUUUGAAAAUCAACAUUUAUUAUCUAAAUGCCUUAUUUUAUAUAAUAAAUUUUAUAAAUCUUAUGUACAUUUGAGAAGUGAAAAAUUUGAGAAGGAAAACUUUACAUUAAUAAUGUAUUUACUUUUUUGAAUUUUAGAUUUACCAACCUUACAUCUAAAUUAAUUUUAAAGGAAAAAUUUGAAGAAGCAUUUCUGGAAUCUGAAAUUUGGAUUUUAAUUGCAGCUUUAUCAAUUUUGUUUUUGGGAGCUUUAUCUUUUAGUAUUAGUAUUUGUUAUAUAAAUAUGAUCUGUCAACCUUUAAUAGAAAUCAAUAGAAAAAUAUCAAAGCAUGUUUUAUCUGUUGGAAAUAAUAUAAACCAUAUGAUUUUCAAAAUUCUUUAGUCUUAAGAGAGAUCAUCCAAUCUUUUUAGUAAAUUGAAUGAAUAAAUCUGGAAUCUUUAUGAUAUGAUUUAAACAAGAUAACAAAAAAAAUGUGAACAAUGUCUACUAAUUGAAAAAAUGCUUUACGAUAGAAAAGAGAGUAGUUUAAAUUAAAAACUAUUUGAAAUAGCUCUUAGCAAAAUUCCAAAUAAUGUAAAAGUAGAUUAAAAAGAAUUUUAAUAAUUCUUCAAUAUUUUACUUUAGCAAUUAAAAGUCUAAGAAAUUUGA